GCCUGUUCUAAUUCUUCAAUUUGCAAUCCUUUUGUCCUUACUAAAUGUCGCGUAUUUCAUAAUGAGUUCACGCUGCCUGUUAUAAUGCAUCUACGAAGACGAACGAGUUCGGAUUGAUCAAUUGUACAUGUACCCCGCCGUCCCAUCACAGGAGGCUCACAUUCGGAUAUGGAGUCCUAUCCUCUGCCUUUGCUGCCUUUGGGUCUCGUUUUAUUCUUCGGAAGACCCCUAGAUAUCAUUAUUCUAUUCUCCUUUGGCAUAUAUCAAAACUGGGAGGUAUUCCAGGAGUUCGUCAAUGCAUAUCUCAACCCCACCAUCGUCAUCGAUUCCGCCAUAGCUGCGACCGCAUUAUUUUAUCUCUUUCAACUCACUCGAUAUAUACUCGGUCUCAAACGAAUUUCUUCCAGUGACAACUUCCCAAUCAAGCCUCUGUUCUUUCCUUGCAGAACAAGUCAUGUAAGAAUGUUCCCAUCCAAGCAUGGGUUUGGAUACUCGUAUCUCUUGACCGGGGUUCCCGUGGGAUGGGAAGGUUCAGUUGGAGGCAUGAUAUCUGAGGACGAUGGGAAGGAGCAGGCUCCUUGGUACUUGAGACUAUUCAGUCUGAAUCCUGGGGGGGCGUGGUACACCGUAAAUGGAGACGAUUACCUGGAUCGAGGUCACGUGGAGGGCGGCUUACAGGGGAAGCUGAGGAAGUAUCUUGAAGGCCAGGAUAUUGAUCCCAACCAAUAUGCCCAUGCCUACCUCGUAACAGCCGCCCGCUUCCUCGGCUACGCCUCCAACCCCCUCUCAGUAUGGUACCUCUACUCCUCAUCCAGAGAACUCUCUGCCCUGAUCCUAGAAGUAAACAAUACUUUCGACGAGCGACGAAUCUAUUUUGUGGAGCCUGAUCGCAAAUCCGCACCUAACUCGUUCACUCCUUCUAGACUCUCCAAACCACGAUACACAAGCGCCUGGACAAAAGACUUCUACGUCUCAGUCUUCAAUAGCCGAGCCGGCUCAUACUCUCUCGCAGCCUACGACCCCUUCUUCCCUAACCUCUCUUCUCCAGGGACCAUAAACUCCACCGUUACCCUCAGCUCGCCCGAAGGAAAAGCAAAGCUCAUCGCUAGAAUCUACUCCGUCGACGACCAAAUUGACCCAGCAACCAUGAGUGUGUGGCAAAAGACGCGAUUCCUGGUAAGUUGGUGGUGGGUAGGCCUUGCGACGUUCCCACGGACGAUCCAGCAAGCUGUUAUCAUUCUUUUCAGAAAGAAGCUGCCGUGGGUUUUCCGUCCUGAACCGAAGGGGAGCACGAUUGCGAGACACGCUGAUGAGACGGAACUGUUUAUCGAAUCCAUAUUUCGUCGAUAUUUGAGGGAACUGGUUGGAAAUUCUCAGGAUGCGCUGAGAAUACGAUAUAUCCCCGCUGGACUCCACGAUAUAUCUCCAGAAGUCAUAAUGUCCUCUUCCGCGCAGUUGGCAGAAGGAGAAGCAGACGAGCUCGAGAUCCGAGUCUUGACGCCGAUUUUCUACUCCCGUGUUAUUCGGUACCCCGAUCUUCCUGACGGAAUAAUGACAGAACACCACGAAAGCUCCACCAUUUCAAUCUCAUCCACCGAUCUACUCUCAAAACUCGAAUGUGGUUGGCAAGAAUGCCCUCCUCUCGCUCUUCGGGGGACAUUGUCGUUCAAACUCAUCUCCGCCCUCCGCACACGUCCAGCGCCGAUCGUCUGUCUCGAUGAGCCCAAGAGCCCACCACCAGCCAGCACAAUUCCAAGUGGGAAGGAAGCCAGUCAGGCGGGAGCAUCAAGUCUUGACGACUUCGUUCGCAUGCAUUCAAGCGCUCCUGAACAGAAGGAAUAUACCCCACGACUCUUACGGCUGCUGAUUGCAGAACAUAUUGCGUUGGGAUGGGCUGAGCUCUUAGAUCUUGAGAUUUUUGUUAUGAGGUGCCUUGCCCUUUGGAUGGUGGCGAGAGCUGUGUUUUGAUAGUCGGUAAGAUCCUGGUGCACUGGAGAUGAGAUAAGAUGGUGCUCGAAUAGGAACGUGAUGGACGAGUGACCUCGUGACUUCCCUUUUCCUUGAAUUAAAGUCAUUCAUAGCGAGCAUGAUAGACGUAGAAAAGAGAGAUGAAUAAAUUCAUGGCUACCUAUG